AUGGCCGCACUCUACCCGUCGCAGACGCCGAUGCUGUCCCAGCCCAUGGUCUCCAGCGAGCAGGUGCGCCGCAAAUUCCAAGAGUUUUCGCUCCCGCAAAUCAACACCGCCGUGAUCAGUGCGACGCCGAUGGUGACCAACACGCCGCCAGACUCGCUGCGCCGCAUCACCGUCAGCAAUGGGUCGCCGGUUAUGAGUCUUAGCGGUGGCAGUUCGCCGUACGUGAGCAUGGCACCGAUGGCCAGCGCCCCGGUCACGACUGCAGCUGGCCUUGAGGGAUUCACGCUGGCAUACCCAGGCAGCGCGCAUAGCGCCCAGAUGAGCGCACUGUCGAGUCCGUUCUAUCUGACGCCCAAUGCGUCAUUUGUGAACAAUUGCAAUCCGCUGUCGAAUGAGGCUGCUGUCGCCGCUGCCGCAUCGCUGCAGAUUAGCGCGGCUGCCGCUGCCGCUGCCGUGUGGACGACCGGGGAGCAGCCCAUGGGUUCGCCUGAGGAGGCGUCGAUGGUCAGUGGGAAUGGCGCCGGUACAGGCAUCGUUCCGAAUGGCAUGUAUAUGCAGAACUAG